UCUCCGGUGCUGGGGCCUAGAACCGAUGGCAGACAAUGUCGACGACUAACAACAUCGCCCAGGCCCGCAAGCUGGUGGAGCAGCUCCGCAUCGAGGCCGGCAUCGAGCGCAUCAAGGUCUCCAAAGCCUCCUCGGAGCUGAUGAAUUACUGCGAGCAACAUGCCAGGAACGACCCGCUGCUGGUCGGAGUGCCCGCCUCGGAGAACCCCUUCAAGGACAAAAAGCCCUGCACCAUCCUAUAGCCGCCCUCGCCCGG